AUGUGUUCGCUCGAGCCGGUAAACGGUCCUCUUUUUUCAAGAUGUCGGUGUACGGGCCAGUGGUGAAAAUCCAUCCCGUCGUUCUCGCAUCUAUCUGCGACUCGUAUGAGCGAAGGAAUGAGGGAGCCAGCCGUGUGAUCGGAACCCUUUUGGGUACAGUUGACAAACACUCAAUUGAGGUGACGAACUGCUUCUCUGUCCCCCACAAUGAGUCAGAAGAUGAGGUCGCUGUUGACAUGGAAUUUGCAAAAAACAUGUAUGAGCUUCACAAGAGGGUGUCGCCCACAGAGGUCAUCAUCGGAUGGUAUGCCACAGGCUUUGACAUCACUGAACAUUCUGUGCUCAUCCAUGAGUAUUACAGCCGUGAAGCCUCCAACCCCAUUCACCUGACUGUGGACACGGCAUUGCAGAGUGGCAAAAUGAACAUCCGGGCCUAUCUCAGCGCACAGAUGGGUGUGCCAGGAAAGACCGUCGGCGUCAUGUUUACCCCACUCACCGUCAAAUAUAUCUAUUAUGACACUGAGAGAAUAGGCGUGGACCUUCUUCAAAGGACACGGGAUGCUCCGAGUCGCUCCAAGGGUCUGACCUCUGACCUGUCCCAGGUGGGUGGAGCUGCAGCCAGGGUACAGGACAUGCUGACUACGGUGCUGGCAUACAUUGACGAUGUGUUGUCUGGGAAAGUGGCAGCAGAUAACAGCGUUGGCCGGUUCCUCACAGACCUGGUGAACAAGGUGCCGACCAUCCCACCUGAGGACUUUGAGAACAUGCUCAAUUCUAACAUCAAUGACCUGUUGAUGGUGACGUACCUGUCCAACCUCACCCAGGCACAGAUUGCCCUGCACGAGAAGCUGGUGCUGCUCUCCUGAAAUGAACUAUUUAAACUUUCUUAUUGUUUGGCUGAAGCAAAUAAAAUGUUAAACAGUCGCA